AUGUCUCCUCCUCUUGUGUCUCCUCCUCUUGUGUCUCCUCCUCCUGUGUCUCCUCCUCCUGUGUCUCCUCCUGUGUCUCCUCCUGUGUCUCCUCCUGUGUCUCCUCCCCCUGUGUCUCUCCUGUGUCUCCCCCGGUGUUUCCUCCUCCUGUGUCUCCUCCUCCUGUGUCUCCUCCCCCUGUGUCUCCUCCUGUGUCUCCUCCUGUGUCUCCUCCCCUGUGUCUCCUCCUGUGUCUCUCCCCGGUGUUUCCUCCUCCUGUGUCUCCUCCCCCUGUGUUUCCACCUGUGUCUCCUCCUGUGUCUCUCCUCCUGUGUCUCUCCUGUGUCUCCUCCUGUGUCUCCUCCCCUGUGUUCUCCUCCUGUCUCUCCCCCCCUGUUUUCUCCUCCUGUGUCCUCCCCCCGUUUUCUCCUCCUGUGUCUCCUCCCCCUGUUUUCUCCUCCUAUGUCUCCUCUUGUGUCUCCUCCUCCUGUGUCUCCUCCCCCUGUGUUCUCCUCCUUUCUCUCCUCCCCCUGUUUUCUCCUCCUGUGUCUCCCCCGUUUCUCUCCUGUGUUCUCCUCCCCCUGUUUCUCCUCCUGUGUCCUCCUCCUGUGUCUCCUCCCCUGUGUCUCCCCCUGUGUCUCCCCUGUGUCUCCCCCUGUGUUUCCCCCUGUGUCUCCCCCUGUGUCUCCCCCUGUGUCUCCCCCUGUCUCCCCCUGUGUCUCCUCCUCCUGUGCCUCCUCCUAA